GUAAAAUUUGAAGAAAAAUAUUUAGAAAUCAACAGUAACAGAGCUUCUUUCUUUCUGUUAGCUGUCACUUAUAUAACGUUCGCCGUCGUCCUCUUCUCGUUCAAUAGGCAGUUCCUUUCUUUAAACAUCUUGUCUUUAUAAUGGCACCCACUAAGGGUGAAUCAAAAUCUCUCCUUACCAAUAAGGAAAUUGAACACCAGAGAACCUGCUGCUCCAGAAAAAUGGUGAUCUUGUCGGUUUCGGUAUUAGCCAUUGCUCUGAGUGCCAUUACUCUAAGCUUUGUUUCAGUUUCAUCAUAUCCUUUACAUGCCUCCUGUCGUGUUGAUUGGACUUUUGGAAAACCAUGUGAUGAAGUUCAAACAGCUCUAGUAAAUCAAAUGCAGAAAUGGAACAUGGAUACUCAGGACCUUUGUGGCACCGGACAGAAAUGUUUGUAUCAGUACCUCACCUCAUCUCCAACUAAAAUUACUGGCACACACACAACUCCGGUGAAGCGUUACGUUGAUGACGUGUCGUUCACAUUUGCUCCUGGACCAGAUAACUCCUGUAAAGUUCAGGGCUUUUCAACAUCCCAGACAUGGUACGCGAUAUUGGACUAUGGAACCAAUUACUGCAACAUCAAAAAUCUGGUGGAGGGAGCUAAACUUGGAAUCAAUGACUCUAAAUAUAAUGAGAACACCAGUGAUUCUGUUUGCACCCAGUAUUCUUCGGCGAAUUGCGAAGUUUACUAGACGAGGCGCGAAAAGUACGGCAACAUUUUAUCCUUACCAGAUAAUAAUAAAUAAUAUUCCUUACAUUGUGAAAAAUCUGUUUCUUAAUACUUAGUCGUACCGGAAUUAUGCAGGAGUGUUGAUUAAUUUUCUUUUCCCUGCAAUAUGUAAGCACUGAAAUGAAAUGUUUGUUAUAAAAGGCGAAAGUUAAUCUCUUAUGAUAUCUCAAAUAAAAUAUACAAUUCGAUACAUAA